AUGAUACUGAGGCCGAAGGUUUCAUGGAUCAGACAUAGGGACCUGCAUAUCCUGACAGUCGGUGGCUACACGUACACAUCCGACCAGCGGUUCCAGGCAACGCAUUCACCUCAGACCGAUGACUGGACUCUGCAUAUCAAGUGGGCACAGCAACGGGACGCAGGAGUUUACGAGUGCCAAGUGUCCACCCAGCCCGUGCGUUCCUUCUUCGUCACACUGCACGUUGUUGAUUGUGACGAGAUUUAUCAGAGGAUGUUUUCCGACGCAGUGCCAUCGGCUCGGAUAUUAGGUGGGCCAGAUUUACACGUGGAUAUCGGCUCCACUAUAAACUUGACCUGUCUAAUCCAGUUCAGCCCUGAACCUCCCGCCUAUAUAUUCUGGUAUCACGAGGACGAGGUGAGCGGACGCAAACAGGUGAUAUCGUACGAUUCGUCGCGCGGCGGAGUGUCGGUGGUGACGGAGAAAGGCGCGGCGACGACCUCGUACCUACUGGUGCAAGACGCCACGCCCGCAGACUCUGGACGAUACUCCUGCUCACCAUCCAAUGCGGAGGUCGCCUCCGUAAGAGUGCACGUGCUCAAUGGUGAGCGGCCGGCGGCGAUGCAGACGGGCUCCGCUGGCUUGUCAAAUAGCUCACGUUGCAUCCUUGCGUUACUACUGGCUGGAUUUCUACACGCUCGUUUGUUACGCGCUCAACUCGCCAGCUGA